AAAACUGAUGUCAUCCAUCCGUCGACCAUUAAAUGAAAAAUCUGUCUGAUCGCAAAUGAAAAUAUUUAAAAAAUAGUGAUUUUGUGGAGUGCUAAGAAACGCGAUAAUAUUAAAUAGUAAUUUUUUCGUUGAGCAAUUGUAGUGAUACUUAUAACUUGAAUAGUGAAAUUAUUGUAUUUACUGUUCUAUGCGUGGGAUGUUGUUAAUUGUUUAGUAAUUUGGCAAAAAAAUUACCAAUUUCAGUACGUAUUACUUAGUUUGAUUAUUUGAUUAAGUAACCAUGUCCGUGGAAAUAAGCUAAAUAUUAUAUAUACUUAUUGAAAAAAGUGCUGUUAGCAUUCUCGUGUAGAUUGUGUAAAGUACCAUGUCAGGUACAGAGCAAAUUGUGAACUCUAUACAACAGUUAUCUGUGCAGCCAAGUAAUAGUGGCCACACUGAAAAACCGACGCAGGUAGUCACUCCUGCUGUAAACAGGAGUCAGGCAUCUGCAACGAAAGUUACUCCUGUAAAGUCAAGUACUGUUUCACCUGCUAUUGCAACUAUUGACAGACUUCUUAGUUUGGGUGCUACUCCACCUCCACCUCCUGUCAUUACAAGAACCUCAGACAUGGAUCCCCACACAGUUGAACAGUUACGAGCUGUCAAAGAAAUGUUGACAGCUCAAGAGGAAGAAGCUCAAAGUCUGCGAGAUCUUAAUCGAGAUCUCCGUGAAAGAUUGGAAGAAUGUGAAUCUAAAAUUAAAAAAUUGACUGAACAAAAUGAGGAAUACUCUGAAAAGGAGAAAGCACUUUCUCAACGUGUUGCAGAGAAAGUCAGAAAUAAUAAACAGAUGAGUGUGGUGAUGGAAGAAUAUGAGCGUACUAUAUCAUCAUUGAUUGGAGAGAGGGAAACUGAGGCUAAGAGAUGGACUGAGGAACGCGCAACACUAUUGAGAGAAAGAGAUGAAGCUGCUGCACACUUGGCUUCCAUGGAACAUGCAUUCAAUGAUGUUCACACAAAAUAUGAAAGAUGUAAAGUUAUCAUCCAAGGAUACAAAACCAAUGAGGAAACUUUGAAGAGAACCGUUGAAGAGAAUAAUGAUGCCAUACAAAAACUGGAGGCCAGAUAUGAAACGUUGAGACAGCAUGCUAUGCAACAACUCAACAAAGCUAAUGCUGAAUUAGACACAGUGAAGAAGACUCAUCAAGCUGAAAUAUUGAAAUUGAAUGCUAUGCUCAAAAAGAGUGAGGUCCACGCCUCUUCCUUACAAGAAUCAUUAGUGCAGAAAAUUAAAGAUAAUGAAGAGCUUACAGCAAUAUGUGAUGAGCUUAUUAAUAAAGUGGGUUAAUUCGUACAUACAUACAUCAAACUCAUUGACCAUACUCAUAAUCACUUAUAACUAACGCUAAUCGUAACAACAUAGAGUACACUAAUCAUAACAAAAUACUUAAGCAAGUGCUGUUACCAUUUUAUAUAAAAAUUACAUUGUAUGUAAUGUAUUUAAUAUUAUGUGCAAUCCUAAAUAACAGUUUUUAUUUUUGUACAACAUGCUAUAUGAUUUAUCAUUAAGUUUUAAUAUCUUAUGACAUUUUUAUUCUUUAUAAAAAUAUAAUUUUGUGUCAUAUCCGAAACAACACCUGGUGCUUAGCAAAUAGGCCAUUAAUAACUGCUUAACAAAACCUCGUGCAAUAGUGGCUAUUGUAACCCUGGAAAUUUAUUAGAUUUGUGCCCAUAAGAAUGCUUCAAUUUAAGAACAAUUGAGAGCAAUAUGUUUGAUUAUACUCAAACCCACAUCAGACAGAACACUUAGUAAGAUUUAAAUGUUUUUAAUGCUAGCUGCCAUAAGUAAUUAAUUUAAAUAAAUUUUUUAAUAUAUAUAUAUAUUAUAAGAAUAAUUUGUUAUAUUUGUGCUUUCUAAAUAUUAACAUUAUUAAUUAUUAUUACAAUAUUGUGUUACAUUAAGUGUAAGUUUCUUAUAAUAUAAGUGUGUAUUAGUUUAAUCAGGCUCUAAAUUUUUGCUUGUUUUGUUGAUCUAGUCUUUAUAAAUUUUUCAGAAUUGUUAUGUUAUUCUGCUUAUUUGCUAUGGUCGAGAUUAUAGUAUUGUAACUAUAAAAUAAUAUUUUAAGAGUGUUUAGUGAAACGAGUGUGAGUGGACUUAUUCUCAUAAUCAUAGUAACAUUUCUCAAUGCCAGCUCUGUAGUAAACAAGAUUUUUGUUCCUAUUAAUCAAUGAAAAGAGAUUAAUAUUCACGAUCACUUAUUCAGGAUUCAAUUAAAGUAAGCUAGUUUUGGUUGUAUAGUGUGCCUUGAUGAGAAUUAACUGACCAUCCACUCAGUCCAAAGUAAUAAAACUAAUAAUUUCAAUAAAAAUUAGGAUUAGAACUAAUGUCCAAUACCUAGUUAAUAGUGAACACUGCAAAAGUAUUACAGCUAGUAAUAUUAUGGCACUAUCGUUGAUUUAACAGGAAUGUAACAUAAAAGAAUAAUUGGCAAUAUAAUAAUUUUUGUUUUUGUAACUUAACAUAUACCAACAUUCCACAUUUGUAAUAAUUUACGUAUUAAAAAAUGUUUCGCCUAUAUUUUACAAGCUCCUCUUUGAUUCAGAUCCCUCAGUACAUGUAAUCGUCUUAGUUGUAUAUCAAAAUUUUUGCUUUAAAAUUUGUUUAAAUUAGUCCAUAAGUAUAAUUUUGUACUUUAUAAUAUUUUUUAUAAUAUGAGUAUUUAAUGCAUCAUGUGCAAGUUAUUCAUGUGAAUAGAAUGAGGAAAUAAAAUUAUCCCUAUUUUAUACA